AUAACCUAGAGUGAUGAAUGAAGGAUGGAAGGAGGGGCUCUGAGGAGAUAAGAAGCCAGGGAAUGCAAGCACCCUGCUGGAGGAAAUUGUGUGGGAGUUGUGUUGUGGUGGAGUUGGCAGGAGACUCUGCUCAAGGGACAUAGUCCAGCCUCCUGGAGCCUUUUCAACCCCAGUCCCUGGGCUACCAGGCAGUCUACUGGAAGCUGUGCUUAGGAAAUAUGGCGGUGGAGUUUGUGCGGUUCACCAAGAUGGAGUAUGCCAUGAAGUCUUUGAGCCUACUGUCUCCCAAGUCGCUCUCCAGGUGUGUGGCAGUGAGCACCUCAGUAGUGACCCAGCAGUUGCUGCACAGCCCCAUGUCAAAAUCUCGGCCCUUCCGGGUCAGCAACGCUGACCGCAGCGUUCGGAAGGGCAUCAUGGCAGACAGUCUGUUGGGCCUCCUUGACAAGGUACGGGAGAGCCUGCAGCUGACAGAUACCUUCUCCUUGGUACUGGAAGAGGAUGGCACAAGCGUGGAGACAGAGGAGUAUUUCCAGGCCCUGGCUGAGGAUACUGUGCUUAUGGUGCUGCAGAAAGGGCAGAAAUGGCAACCAGCACCCGAGCAGGGAGCCAGGAACCAACUCACACUCUCCCACAAACCUCCCAGGAGGAUUGACGUGGCUUGCGUGACUUUUGACCUGUACAAAAUGAGACCCCAGGACUUCAUUGGCUGCCUGAAUGUGAAGGCCACUCUCUAUGGCACAUACACCAUGUCCUAUGACCUGCGCUGCUAUGGGGCCAAACGCAUCAUGAAGGAAGCUUUGCGCUGGACCCUCUUCAGCAUGGAAGCCACAGGCCACGUGCUCCUAGGCACCUCCUGCUACAUCCAGCAUGUCCUGGAUGCCACAGAGAAGCAGCACUCCUUGGCUAGGAAGACGGUGAUUCCACAGAUUCAUGCCCUCGCUCCAUCCUACCUGAAGAUGCUGCAGUGAGGAUUUCAAAUGGCUCUGGCCAAAAACUGGACUUGAGCCUGAAACUGCCUCGAUGGCUUGUGUGCUGUUACAGGUCCUCCCUCCCUCUCCCGGCUUCUUCCCUGCAGCUCCAAGGCUGCACAGUGAAGGGGGAGGUGUGUGACAGAAGAGGAGUUGCCUUCUCCUAUCCACAAUUCUGAUAGGGCAGCCAUGUUUCUACACACACAUCCCCCCAAACCCCCUCCCCCCGCCUCCCAGUGCUUCUUGUACCACUGAGGGAGGCUCCUGGUAGUCUGGCUGACCUCUUAAUUGUCUUUACCAUGGCGAAUGAUGACUACUUCUGCCCAAGCUAGCAGGGAAACAGACACUAAUCAAUGCUAACACGACUGCACUUUGAUUUUUUUAUCUUCCAUAUCCUUUGUUCUCUACCUCAAUUUUGAUACAUCACCCUUUCCUCCCCUCUUUCUUCUCCCCCCCCCCCCCCCCCAACCCCUUCCUUCGUCCAACACACACACAUGCACCAAAACCCCCAUAAACCCUGGUGACAGGUCUGGGCUAAGUGCCUUGGCUCUAAAUGGUAUUUGACAUUUCUAAUGCAUAAUUAAACUACUGUUUCCUGUCUG